GGCAGGAUCAACCUUCCAUGAGGAGGCAAAAAUGAGCGGAAAAUUGGCUUUUCAGUACAAUAAACUAUUAUUAUUAUGAUCAGAGAAACACAUUGAGUAUAUUCUGGAUUUGUGGUGGAUUGGUAAAACGACGCUUUAUAUUGAAAAAUCUAACCGGAAGUAUAUUUUUUGACCCGGGGGCGCCACAUAACAACGUAGAGCAUGCCGGUCUGAUAACUUGGGAACAGAUUCAUUCCUGAUUCGUGAAGAUACAGUUAUGUGACAGCUCCUUGAACAGCUCAGUCUUCUGUCUUUAAAUGAAGCAAGGCCCCGGCAGGAGAAGGUCAGACUUUUCAUCCACCAUCAGUUCAGCUUCGGUUCCGCUCAAACUGCGAGUUCGCUUCAGGAAACAGCCCGGGGCUUGUGUCGGCUGUUGGUGAGCUGCAAAGGUCCACGUAACAAGUUUACCUAAACAUGGUUCAUCUCAACAGAGAGUCUGAAUCUGAGCCUCGGAUCUACGGUUUUACCAGCACAGCUUCCGUAGUGCUGACCCACUUAAUCUGCAUUGUCUUCAGUGUAUUCAUUGCACUUCUGUCUCGGCCCGGUACAAGUUUGUUUUCCUGGCAUCCUUUCUUCAUGACACUGGCUUUUUCCUUUUUCAUGACCGAGGCCAUACUACUCUUCUCCCCCCAUGGCUCCCCCAUCAAAAGGUUUCCACACAAGACCAAAGGUCGUGUUCACUGGAUUCUGCAGUGCCUCUGUCUUUCCUGUGCAGUCCUGGGUCUGGCAGCCAUCGCUUACAACAAACACCUGAAUGGUAAACCCCACUUCACCUCAUGGCAUGGUCUGCUUGGCCUGCUCACAGUGUGUGUGGUUGGGUUGCAGUCCUUGGCAGCCGUGCCUCUCAUUUACCAUUCUCUGGCCAAAGGCUGGUCGCUCGCCAAACUCAAACGCUACCACGCAGCGUCUGGACUCGUCACCUACCUGCUCGGCAGCAUCAGCCUGCUGCUCGGCCUCUGCUCUGCCUGGUUCACCGCUUCUGUCAGAGAACACACCUGGUACCUGUCAGCACUAUGCCCUGCUCUCAGUGCCCUCAUCAUCAUGAACCAAGUCACCAGUGCUUACAUGGCUAAGAAACGGUUGCAGUCUUGACAGAGGACACAGUAUGGACGCUUAAACUAAACUGUCACUGACUACUUGUGCAAGAGAUUUCAUUUUUUCAUUCACGUGCAAUCACUUUGAUUUACAUAAAAGUAAAAAAAGGAUGCCUCAUGCCAACAGUUUGUCCAAGAGGCACCAGCACCAAAUGUGGAUAAUGAAAUCCUUUUCCUUGAUUGCUGUUUUUUUACCUAAUAUACACAGGACUGUAGCUACAAUUGAGGUCAUGUGUAUUUUUAAUUUUUUUGGGGGGGGGGGUUUAAUGACUUCAGGAGUUUUCCUUUGUCAGUUACACACACAUUUCACAUGUUGAACUUUUUGAGGUUUCCGUUGUUUUUAGCCAUGCUAACUUUAGUCUAAGACCAAAUACCUGCAGAAGUAUUGACCGUCACAUCAGCCUCAGCUCCACUGCUAAUUAGCAAAUGUUACCAUGCUAACAAGCUAAACUAAAAUUUUGAACAUGGAAAACAUAUUACCUACUAAAAAUCAGCAUGUUGGCAAAGCAUCGCUGUGUGUGCAGCCUUGGAGAGCUGCCGGCAUGGCUGUAGAUUCUAAAAUGUGACUGAUUUUAGGCAAAAAAAUUAUUCAGUUAAUUAAAAAAUAUAUAUGGAUAUAUAGAAAUUUACAGAAAAUAUGAACAAAAAUAAAUAAUAAAAACUGACCUAGAGUUUUUCACGGGUAGUCACAAAUCCACUAUUGGAUUUUCAAAUUCAUGACCUCUGUAUCUCUAAAAUCUUGCCUACAGCCCUGAAUAUACUGUUUGUUGAAGUUGUUGAAUUUUUGUACCUCAGGUUGCUUAUUAUCCUGCCUAUGAUUACUGAUUUAGCCACAUGAAUGAGAUGAUAAUGUCAUAAUAAAGGUUAUGUCCUAAAUUAAAAGCAUUUGUAAAUAAUUCA